CGUGAUGGCUGAAGAACGUAAAGUGUCGGUUACGCUGCCCGCAGGCACCAUUAUCGGUCAGAAGCUUGCACUGCCCAAUGGAGACGAUUGUUUCACCUUCAAGGGUGUACCUUACGCCAAGCCUCCGUUAGGCGAACUUCGUUUUAAGCCACCGGUUCCGUUGGAAAAGUUCGCAAGUGAUCCGCUGGAGUGCCUUACCGAGGGCCCAUGUAGUUACGCCGAUGAUUCCCGUUUUCCGAUGCCAUUCGUCGAUCACAAGUCGGAGGAUUGUCUCUAUUUGAACGUGUUUUCGCCGAACCUGCAACCGGAUCAGGCGCUUCCGGUGAUGAUAUGGAUUCAUGGUGGAGGAUUUUUUGCCGGAUCAGGACACUCGAGUAUGUACCAUCCGGAGCAUCUAGUGCAGCAGGGUGUGGUCGUCGUUACCAUCAACUAUCGCCUGGGGCCGCUCGGAUUUCUUGCCCUUCCAAGCGUCGGCAUAAACGGCAACAUGGGACUGAAAGAUCAGCGGAUGAGCUUCCGGUGGGUACGGGAUAACAUCGGACGGUUCGGUGGCGACCCGGAAAAUGUCACUAUCUUUGGAGAAAGUGCCGGAGGGGCCUCGGUCCAUUUGCAUUAUCUCAGUGAGGGAUCGAGAAAAUAUUUCCAUAAGGCAGUGGCUCAAUCGGGGACAGCUUUUAAUGAGUGGGUAUGGCAACGGGAACCGGAACGUCGUGCCCGAAACCUGGCCCGACUUCUCGGAGCGUCCGAUAAUGAUACGGAUGAGGCCGUUCUCUCAACACUGAUGGCUGCUUCGGCCGAGAAAAUGACCAGCCUGCAGUACCAAGCCAUGACCGAAUACGAACAAUCGUGGCUGCUUUGCUUUCCCUUCACGCCGGUUAUCGAAUCGGAUGCCAUCGGUAGCGAGGAUGCCAUUCUGACGGAACAUCCGGCCGAGGCAGCCAAACGAACGUUCGAGAAAGAAAUUCCGCUCAUGCUGGGUACUACACAGGAGGAAGCGAUCGGUUUGUGGAGCUUCGUGGUAGAGAAGCUCCCGAUGUUCCAGAGUGACCCCGGCAGACUGCUACCGACAACACUGAACGUUCGGGAUGAUGACCAGGCCCGCAAACGCGCCACCGAGCAGACGAUAAGUUUCUUCCUUCACAAUCGUCCCAUCGCAACCGAGACUAUCGCGGAUAUAAUUCCGAUUUUGAGCGACAAUUUUAACACGUACGCCGCCUACCUGGCAGCUGAAUUGCAUGCACGGUAUCAAAGUGCACCCUUGUACUGCUUCGUGUUCUCGUAUGUGGGCGAGCUGAACGUGUUUAGAAGUCAUCUUAACAUACCACCAGAGCAAACGGCCGCUUCACACGGAGACGAUGUCUACUAUCUGUUCAGCUCCAGUCUGAUGAACACACAAUCCGUCGAUGAGGGCUCAGAUGCGGCGAAGUUUCGAGCAUUUUGUUGUCGUAUAUGGACGGAAUUUGCUCGCACUGGCACUCCCCGUACCACCGUGGAACAAUGGAGCACGGUCCCGAGAAUGAGCGGUACGGAUACGGCCACAAGAUUCAAGCUACCGGCCCUGGAAUUGAAAAGCACCACGCCACUCGACAACACAAUGGUCGAGGAUUGCUUCACCGAACGGUUCCAGUUCUGGAACGGACUGUUUGAACAGUUCAAUGGAUCGCAUCUGCUCCCAAAAGUAGAUAUGAGUGGUCAUAGUCGGAUUAAUGUGAAACUAAACGGUGGCACGGUAAGCGGCGUUGUCGAGAAGUUACCAGAUGGAAACGAUUUUUGUGCCUUCCGCGGUAUACCAUACGCCAAGGCACCAAUCGGUCGGAACCGUUUCCUGGCAGCCGAACCACUGGAUCGAUUCCCUGUCCCCGUUCUGGAUUGCAGCACCGAACGGGACACAUCGGUGGCAAGGAAUCCAUUUAACCAAAAAUGGCAAGGAUCGGAAGACUGCUUGCAUCUUAACGUGUACACGCCCCAAAAGCAUCUGAAGGGUCAUCCCCUUCCGGUGAUGGUUUUCAUCCAUGGUGGUGCCUUCAAGUAUGGAAGUGGAAAUGGUGAUUGCCACUCACCGGAAUAUCUUCUCGAGCAGGAUGUCGUCGUGGUAACACUCAACUAUCGCCUUGGUUCGCUGGGCUUUCUGCAUCUUCCGAGCCAAGGAAUCGAGGGGAAUGCCGGUCUCAAAGACCAACGGAUGGCACUGCGAUGGGUGAGCGAAAACAUUGGCCAGUUCGGGGGCGAUCCAUCGAACGUGACACUGUUUGGAGAAAGUGCCGGAGGGGCCUCGGUCCAUUUGCAUCUUCUCAGUGAGGGAUCGAGGAAAUAUUUUCACAAAGUAAUCUGCGAGAGUGGCCAUUCGCUAUCAGAGUUUGCAGUGCCCAAUGACACUCUCGGGAACAGUAGGCGUCUUGCCAAGCAGAUCAACCCGCUAGCGGAGUCGGAUGCCGUAAUGCUCGAGAGUCUCCGGCAGGCAUCUCCGCGAACACUGGCCGAUAUCGGCCACCGUGUCGUGGCAGAGGAACAGCGUGACCGUGGACUACCGAUACCGUUUCGUCCCGUAUUGGACGGUGAUAGUACGGAUCCGAUCGUACCACAGCAUCCAGCCGACGCCAUGCGCACGAAGAACCACAUUCCGGACAUUCCGGUCAUGAUGGGUUAUAACGUACGCGACGGUGCCUCCAUUACCGGGCACAUAUUCAAGUACCCGGAACUAUACCGUGCCGGUAUGCAGCGCAUGAUACCACGCACGGUCAAUAUCGAUCUCGGGUCAGCGGCCGCCAGGCAGCUGGCGGACGAACUGGAGCUGCUCUACUUCGGACCGACCGGUUACGCGCCGAAUCGGAAAGCCGAAUGUUCCGAUCUGCUCACCGACUACGGCUACGCCAUUUCAUCGCAGAUUACGGCCGAACUGCACGCUCGCUACCAGCACCGAUCACCGCUCUUCUUCUAUCGAUUCGACUUCGAUGGGGCGCUUAAUCUGUACAAGAAGUAUCUUGGCUUCGACGUACCCGGUGCGUACCACGCGGACGAACUAUGCUACCUGUUUCACAUGAGAAUGGCACCGAAAACCGUCGGACCGCUCACGGCGGAAGCACGUGUACGGCGCUACAUGUGCCGCAUGUGGACCAACUUUGCCAAGUACGGCCAUCCGACGCCUUCACACGAUGAAUCGCUACCCUUCCACUGGGAUCCGGUACCGAUGAUCGAUCCCGAAGCACCAGGCUACCGCUUACCGUAUCUUAAAAUCACGGCCGAGCCUCACAUGGCGAUCGAUCCGCACCGAGAGCGAAUGGCGUUCUGGCGUGAGGUUUACAGGAAGUACAAUGGUGGCUUCACGAAUGCCAACUUCCAACAGUAG